CUACUCAGGAGAUCUGUCUCUCAUUUCUCUCUUUCUCUCUCUCACUGUCAUUCUCUCUUCACCUCCCAGACUCAGUCUUGUAUAGACGUGAGAAUUGUGUGGCGAGCAAACGACGUCAGGGUCCCACUGAGGUGUCAGGAGGUGGGCCGAUGAUUAGCCCGGACACAUGGAAGACUGUCGAAGCCCAGAACAAGGCCCAAAGAGGGAGGCUGAGAUUGCGAGAUACCCCUUUCACCGGCGACCUCCCUGGAUCCUCAGCAUUUUGUUUGCAGUGCAGCAUGUGUUGGUGCAGACAGCCCUCCUGCAGACUGUCCACUGUCUCCUCAUUGAUGCCCUCCCAUCAAACCAGAUUGCCCGCCAACAUGGCUACCAAUUCAUGGCUACUAGCCUCUUUGCCUCUGGCAUCUCCACUUUGCUGCAAACCACCUUGGGCAGCAGAUUACCACUGGUCCAAGCAUCAUCUUUUGAAUAUUUGAUCCCUGCCUUAACUCUCGUCACAUCGCCAACAGAGACCAACAGCACCCUUCAUAAUGGUACCGAUGCGGCCUUACUCUGUGAAGGGGCUCAGUGCCCAGAGACGGACCUCACCCUGCAGAUGUGGAAAAGCACCCUGUGUGAAGUUCGUGGUGCUGUUAUUGUUUCGGGAAUCCUACACAUGUCCCUUGGAUUUUCAGGGCUGCAGGGCCUGGUGUCCCGACAUUGUGGCCCCAUGGUACUAGCUCCUAUGCUAUCAAUAAUUGGCCUGUCCUGCUACAAAGAGGUCGCAAAUUUCAGCUCAUCGCACUGGGGUAUCACUGCUCUGCUGGUACUCCUCGUGGUGCUCUUGUCCCAAUAUCUACGGAGCUGCUAUGUCCCUGUUUUCAGUUGGAAGAGAUCCAAAGGCUUUGUCGUCGAGACCUACUUCCCGCUUUUCAGGAUAUUUUCGCUUCUGCUGCCCAUCUUAUUCGUGUGGAUUUUGUGUGGUCUCCUCCAGGAAGGAAAUAUUCUGAAUCCUUACCAUCCAGGAGCUCCUCGAGGGAUUCUUCGAAGCAAUGGAACAGCCCUGGUGUUGUGGUUCAACAUGCCAAUCCCAGGUGAGUGGGGUGCCCCUACAAUCAACGUUCGGUCAAUGUACAUUGGAGUCGUCAUGGCACUGGGCACCAGUAUCGGGUCCCUGGGGUCCUACAUGAUGUGUGCAAAAGUGAUAGGCUGCCAGCAUCCCCCUUCAGAUGCUGCUAACCGAGGGAUUUUCCUGGAGGGAGUGGGAAGCUGCAUUGGCGCACUCUUGGGAGGAAUCACCACGACAUCUUCCAGUGUUCCCAGUGUCGGAGCAUUGGCACUCACCCAGAUGCUGCCGGACCUGCUGAGCUUUUCCAGAGACUUCUGUUUUUGUGCAUUAACUCCAUUGUCCCAACGGCAGGGGUGCCCAGAACCAGGGAGUCACAGGCUAAGAGUAUGGGGCAAACAGGUUAGGAUUCAGGCUGAAUCCCGGCAUUCCAUCCAGAUUGCAGCUGUGCUUUGUAUCCUGCUCGGAAUGUCAACCAAGCUGAUGUACCUCCUGGCGACCAUUCCAGCUGCUGUUCAUGGUGGGGUCCUCAGUGUCACAUAUACAAUGGCGGUGUCUGUCGGUGUUUCAUAUUUCCAAUACACAAACAUCGACUCUGGUCGGAAUAUCUUCAUCAUCGGAUUUACUAUGUUCAUGGCACUACUCACCCCUCACUGGUUCAUCCGCAACCCAGAUUACACUGUAACAGGUAUUAAGAGUGUGGACACCUUUCUUCUGGCCUUGUUUAUGAUGCCCAUCAUUCAAGGAGGGAUUCUCGCCUUUCUCCUGGACAACACUGUUACAGGAACAUUAGAGGAGCGGGGAUUUGUGGCACACUUCCCUAGUUUCAAAUCUGAGCCGAAAGAUUUAAACAAGGUUUAUCAGUUUCCAUCUGCCCUGCAGAGGUAUCUGUGGGUGAAGCCCUUUCCCCUUUGCAACCUGUGCCCCAGCUCAGAACUGACAGAAGAACACGUGGCUGAGGGACAGGAGACAAAGAGCUUACUCCCAACUCGUGAGGCUCUUGCAAGCGGAGGAGAGUCUGGAGGUGUCAUCUGCUCCAGGUUUACCAUGGACCCAUCAGGAACUGAAGUCUAAUGCUGUUUGGAACAAACCCCAGGAGAGAAACAAAACCGGAGCAUCAAUAAAACAAAACUUUUUUUAACUUGCA